AGACCCUUGCGUCUUCCGGAAGCGGAGCCCUGGACGCGCAACGGCUGGGUGUGCGACCACGGUGGUGGCUAGCGCGCCUGAGAAGACAAGAACUGAAGGGGACCUGGGCCUGCCUCCCGCGCCGGGCUGGAACACCAUGGACGAAGCAGGCAGCUGUGCGAGCGGCGGAGGGUUCCGCCCGGGCGUGGAUAGCCUGGACGAGCCCCCCAACAGCCGCAUCUUCCUGGUGAUCAGCAAGUACACGCCCGAGUCGGUGCUGAGGGAGCGCUUCUCGCCCUUCGGCGAGAUCCAGGACAUCUGGGUGGUGCGGGACAAGCACACCAAGGAGUCCAAGGGCAUCGCCUUCGUCAAGUUUGCCCGUAGCUCGCAGGCCUGCAGGGCCAUGGAGGAGAUGCACGGCCAGUGCCUCAGCCCCAACGACACCAAGCCCAUCAAGGUGCAGGUUUUCAUUGCUCAGUCCAGAUCAUCUGGAAGUCACCGAGAUGUUGAAGAUGAAGAACUUACAAGAAUAUUUGUCAUGAUACCAAAGUCCUACACAGAAGAAGAUUUGCGGGAAAAAUUUAAGGUGUAUGGAGAUAUUGAAUACUGCAGCAUUAUUAAGAAUAAAGUAACUGGAGAAAGUAAAGGUUUGGGCUAUGUUCGAUACUUAAAACCAUCACAAGCUGCCCAAGCAAUAGAAAACUGUGAUCGAAGUUUUAGGGCAAUCUUGGCUGAACCUAAAAAUAAAGCAUCUGAAUCCUCAGAACAAGACUAUUAUAAUAACAUGAGGCAGGAGACAUUGGGACAUGAACCUAGAGUAAAUAUGUUUCCAUUCGAACAACAAUCUGAAUUUUCAAGUUUUGACAAGAAUGACAACAGAGGCCAAGAAGCUAUCUCCAAACGCCUGUCAGUUGUAUCAAGAGUUCCUUUCACUGAAGAGCAGCUUUUCAGUAUUUUUGAUAUAGUACCAGGAUUGGAAUACUGUGAAGUUCAACGAGAUCCUUAUUCUAAUUAUGGUCAUGGAGUGGUUCAGUAUUUUAAUGUAGCAUCAGCUAUUUAUGCAAAAUACAAGUUACAUGGAUUUCAGUACCCUCCUGGGAACCGGAUAGGUGUUUCCUUCAUUGAUGAUGGGAGUAAUGCAACAGAUCUCCUUAGAAAAAUGGCAACGCAGAUGGUAGCAGCACAGCUUGCAUCAAUGGUGUGGAAUAACCCAAAUCAGCAGCAAUUUCUGCAAUUUGGAGGAAAUUCUGGAUCACAGUUGCCUCAAAUCCAGACAGAUGUUGUACUUCCAUCAUGCAAAAAAAAAGCCCCUCCUGAAACUCCUGUGAAAGAAAGACUUUUUAUCGUGUUUAAUCCUCAUCCUUUACCUUUAGAUGUAUUAGAGGAUAUUUUCUGUCGUUUUGGUAACCUGAUCGAAGUUUACCUUGUGUCAGGAAAAAACGUGGGGUAUGCCAAGUAUGCAGAUAGAAUAAGCGCCAAUGAUGCCAUUACUACUUUACAUGGAAAGAUCCUUAAUGGAGUCAGACUUAAAGUUAUGUUGGCAGAUUCCCCAAGGGAAGAAUCUAACAAACGACAGAGAACUUACUGAUUCUUGAGAAAUUCAGUACCUGUUUACAUCAUCCUUCUGAAAACAGUAACUCAAGAACACUUGGAUCCUGGGAACUGAAGGUAUGGUAUAACCAGGGGAUCAGAUAGAAAUAUUUAGUUAACAUAUGAAAUUGCAGUUCAUUCAUUAUACUGACCAUGUUUUCACUAUAUUUAAGGUAGAAAAGACUUGUCCUCAGUAGAAUAUGGAGGACCCAUUAUACUUUGAGAAAGUUACCAGGCCCUAUGAAAAUCCAUUUGAGUGUUUAUCACAGGAGAAGGGAAUCCUAUGACUGUUUCGUAUGAAUUGCAGCCAAUAUCAGAUGUCAAGGUCCACGUGAGCUGGUUAACCUGCCAGCUGAGUAAGGCUGCAGCCACUACAGCACCCUGGAGACUGCCUUUCUGACAAUACUGCUGCAGAAGUGGUGGAAGGAAGGCACCAGGAGACUGUUUUAGCAAUAUCAUUUGUAUUUGAAAUACAGAAAUCAGGAACUGUGUGAAAAAACGAGUACUGUUUUCCUUAGAAAUUGGGAAAUUAUUGAGCACUAAAGGGUAACCAAAGUACUUACAGAUACUCCUAUGAAUCUAUACUCUUAUUUUCCUGCUUCUACUCCAUUUCUGAUUUUGUAGGUAAAUGCUGUUGCUGCUAACUGAUUUUCUUGCUUCCAUAUUACCAUUUUUCAGCGUUAGUAAUACACAGGUGGUAGCAUUCAUUAGCACAGAGUUCUUAAAGGGUUUUUGUGUUGGUUCUGUUAUUUUUUGUUUGUUUAAUGCUAAAAGAAGAAUUAAAGUAAUCUAAAGUCA